AUGCCGAUUGUUCUUGUAAAGGAGAAAUAUGGGACUCUCUCUCACGGUAAGCUAGAAGAACCCUUGGUCAAUCUCAAAGGCUUUCUCCUUGGUGAUGAUCAAGAGGAAACGCACCGUGCUGCUGAUACUGUUAGAGCAGCUUGCUUGAACCAUGGAUUUUUCCAAGUGAUCAACCAUGGAGUCGAUCCGAGCCUCAUUCGUGAUGCUCAUGAUGGUAUCGAUUCCAUCUUCAAGAUGACACUCAGCGACAAGCUCAGGGCUGGAAAGAAGCCGAACUCCCCCUGGGGUCAUUCGAUAGCUCAUGAUGAUCGGUUCUCAUUGAAAUUGCCAUGGAAGGAAACCUUCCCUUUCGGCUACCACGAGAGCUCUCCAGAUUCAGUGGUUCACUUCUUUAAGUCCACCUUAGGGAUGGAUUUUGAACCAGCAGGAAAGGUACACCAGAAAUAUUGUGAAGAGAUGAAGAGAUUGGCACUUUCAAUCACGGAGGUAUUGGCCAUAAGCUUGGGACUUGAUAGGUCUUACUAUAGAGAAUUCUUCGAAGAUGGAUGCUCCAUAAUGAGGUGCAACUCCUACCCUCCUUGCCAAGAGCCAAGCCUUGUUCUAGGAACAGGUCCUCAUUGUGAUCCAACAGCCCUCACCAUACUUCACCAAGAUCAAGUGGGAGGUCUUGAGGUGUUCGUCAACGACAAGUGGUACAAAGCGCCUCGCACUCAUGCCCUAGUGAUCAACAUCGGUGAUACUUUCACGGCUUUGACAAACGGGAGGUACAAGAGCUGCCUGCAUAGAGCGGUGGUGAACCGGCACAGAGAGAGACGGUCGUUGACCAUUUUCCUGUGCCCGCGGGAAGCUAGGGUGAUCGCGCCCGCCCCUGAACUCGCCCCCAGAGGGACGAGGAAGUACCCGGAUUUCACCUGGUCGGACCUGCUCCGGUUCACCCAGAAACACUACAGGGCCGAUCAGUCCACCUUGCCCAAGUUCAAGGGGCGGCUUCUCUCUCUCCAAGACCGCAAUCUUGACUGUUGA